CCGUGCGCUCAAACCGCUACCGGCCUCCACGCUGUCACACAUGUGAACUUUUUUAUGUGCUGUGGCUCUGACAUUCCUUUUUUGAAAUUCAAACGUUUUCACUUUUUUAGUGUUUUUUAAAAUGGGUCACGAUACGGCCAGGCGGAUAGACUAGGACGAACGAGGUCCCCAGGGCACAAACAGGAUGUUCUCUUUAUGCCGCCGUUACAAAGAUGAAUACGAACAUGGUGGGACACAAAUCAAGGGAGGCUACAUGCUUCGAUACAAACGAAAAUAUUUAUGGAACACAUGGUCAGAAGAAUGGGUGGUGCUCUACGACGACUCAACGAUGGCGUGGUUUAAGGACGCAUCUGGCAAGUACAUGGCAACACAGAAGCACCUCGUGAAGGAGUGUCCAGAGAUGUUGGCCAUUGCCAACUGGACGGGGCAGGUGCCUCGCAGACCUGCGCUGCCGCCGGGCGCUCGCCUCUCGCAGCUGAUGGCUCUAGGCUCGCGAAGGGACCCUGGACAGGUGGUCUGGAUGCUGGCCAAAUCUGAUGCUGAGAUGAAAGACUGGAUGUCAGCGAUUUCAAAAACGUUGCCCCCGCCACCGCAUAUCGAGUUGGUGAUGUCCAUGCCGUACCUCCGUACUGCCUUCAAACGACCCACCGUGAGAGUUCGCCCGACCUCCUCCGAGAUGUAUUCCCGGAGCUCCCGCAACGCGGUCGGAGCUUUAGACGGUCGCGGGCUGGUGGCCGUCAUCAAGCGGCAGGUCCCUCUGGCGGGGCAGCUGGACCACCAGCUCGCCUGGGGCCAGGGCUGGGGCUGGGUCACGCUGCCCAACGGCGUCUGGAGCGGCCGUCUAACCUGGUCCCAAGAAGGCGACGACUUCGCCCUCCACGCAAUGCCGAUUAUGCACCACACCAACGUGUCCCAGGCCUGUUCCAUGCUGGACGGCGUCACGGCCUACGAGGCCUCGGCUUACGAGCAGGCCUUAGCGGAGUAUGACGACUCAGCCACCACGUCGGAUGACUGGGACUUCGGGGUCGAUUGUGGGGACUUCAUGAUGUAGGGGAUUUCAGAGCAAUUUGAGAAAUGGCGAUAGCAAGUGUGGAUGACAGGCUGGUGUGAGCAUUGGGAGAAAUGUAAACGUGAUUGAAACACAAUUUAUUACAUAUUGCAAUUGGUUUUGUGGUAGAAACAUCUUUUGAAGACAAAACUUACCAUAAGUCAGAUUGGGGAAAGAAAUUGCAGUGAUGGUCUCUUGUGUAAGCUUUGUCGUCACAUCAAAAUGUUUACAUUCCUCUUCAUGCUAUACACCGCAUUAUGGAAAUCUGAUCAAAAAUGAUUUAAUUUUUAACAAAUCCCAGCAUCAGAUUAUUGAAAAAUUUCAACGAAAAAGUACUUUGGUAUGUCCAUUUUUCAAAUGAAUUCUAAUUUUGAUCCUGAUGUAAAAAGAUCUUCGAAUGAUUUAGUAAAUGAAGGGGAAUGGUGGUACUUCCAUUAGAUCCACUGGAUUGAAUGUUUAAGAAAUAUCUACUAUAAUAUGUGUCGUCGAAUUAGAGAAAACCUGCUCACUAAGAUUCUAAAUGAACGAAUGAAUACUCAGUUUAUGCUUUUACAAGUAUAUAAGGUCUUUUUACAUCAAAAUUAACGCACAUUUUUAAUACAAAUGAGCGGUUUUGCUCAAGACGUUACUGUGCUGGUCACAAAAAGUAUUGACGUGCCAAAAGUAUUGACUUUCUAAAAUCUUAUGAAUUUUGUAUAUGACGGUGCCUACUGAUUAGCUGGAUUGCGGCAAAAGGAGCCUAAUCGACAUUUUUAUAAAAGUAUUUUUUAUAAAGAUGAACAAUCUUCUUCUAGCGAAUCUGUGAGCACCAAUGAUGAAGGUGAUGAGACGCCAAUUUUGGACUAUCUCUUACUAGAAAAUCUGGUCACUCUAUUUGAAAAUGGACGUUAUACUUAGACACGAAACUCAAUUUCCAUUUAUAGAUGCAUGCUCUAUAGUCGUAACUGUAUGUUUGUCAUAGAAACGAUGUGUGUAGCCAUGAAUUUGUUAGAUCUUGAAAUUGUACGGCCUACGGUACAGUAUAGUUUAGAAUUAGGGGAAGACCUCUGUCCACUGGUGUUUUAUACGAGAUGUACUGUUUACUUUCCGAAACAAACCCUGAUAUUUUCGAAGGUUUCUAUUACAUGCAUUAAAUAA